AUAGUGUCGAGAGAGAACAAGAACAACUGCUGACUUACACAGACAGAGACACAGGGCUGAACGCAAAGAUGCUGAGAUUUCAGUGUGUGGCUGUGGCCCUGGCCUUAUAUUUAAAAGGUUCCCUUUCCCAGCUUAAUGUAUGUGGUCGUGCACCUUUUAACACCCGUAUUGUGGGUGGACAGAGUGCCUCAGAUGGGGUGUGGCCAUGGCAGGUUAGUUUACAGAGCCCCGCUUAUUACGGCGGCCAUUUCUGUGGAGGAUCCCUCAUCAACAAAGACUGGGUUCUGACCGCAGCACACUGUUUCUCCAGCACUAAGACUUCUGGUCUGACUGUGUAUUUGGGGAAAAAGACUCUAAGUGGCUCUAAUCCCAAUCAAAUUGCAAGAGGUGUUGCACAGAUAGUCCUUCACCCCAGCUAUAACAGCGCAACCCAAAACAAUGACAUCGCCCUUCUACGUCUGAACUCCUCCGUCACCUUCACGAACUACAUCAGACCAGUGUGUCUGGCAGGUCAAGGCAGCAGUUUUCCAGUUGGCACCAAUUGCUGGAUCUCAGGCUGGGGAAGCAUUGCCUCUGGAGUACAACUGCCAUCUCCUGGUGUGCUGCAGGAGGCAAUGGUGCCCACUGUCAAUACAUAUCUUUGUGAUUUGCUACUGGGAUUUGGAUCCGUUACUUCAAACAUGAUCUGUGCUGGUUAUCUACAAGGAGGCGCUGACACCUGCCAGGGGGAUUCUGGAGGUCCAAUGGUGACUAAGCAGGGUGCAGCCUGGAUUCAGGCUGGUAUCACUAGCUGGGGUAGAGGCUGUGGUCAGUACAGAUCACCUGGUGUGUAUACUCUGGUGUCCCAGUACCAGAUCUGGAUAUCCAGCAUCAUCAAACAGAACCUUCCUGGAUUUAUCAGGUACUAACUCAGUGGGAGGACUGGUGUCAGUUCUGAUGGAUCAGGAAGAAUGGAAACAUUUUAAUUUAAUAACAGCCUUUAUUAUUUUACAUGAAAUGUAAUGUAUAUAUUUUACUGUACAGGUAUAUUUAUUUAUUUUUUUACUGACAUCAAUCUAAUAAGUAGCCAUUGUAUUUUUUUUUUGUAUGAUGAAUAUUGUGAUAAUCAUCUUGUAUGGUGCUACACAUACACAAGAUUACAUAUUAUUAAUGUAAUCGUCCUAACUUAAUUAACUAU